AUGGAAACGAUGUAAUGGCGCAUUUGUCAAUAUUAAUAAUGGAGAUUGUCUGCUGGUAUUAUUAGGAAAAGUUGAAGUGACGUGCUCCAUCGUUUGAAUAUUCGAUUCUCAUCGCACAUGCAUUUACAUUCUUUUGUGAACGGAGUAAGUAUUCUCUUGAGACAGAGAUAAGCGAGAGAAGACCUAAUGGUAAUUUGCAAAUAUUUGACAUGGAGGCUAAUGUUACGCCGGUAAAUGCGGAAGUUAAAAAAAAAUCAUCAAAAUUUGGUAUUGCUCUGGCUACUCUUACAGGUGGAAUUGGAUUAGCAAUUUCUGUUAUUACCAUCCCAUUUAUUACCCCAGCAUUUAGAAAAAUAUGUUUGCCAUACGUCCCGUCAACCACAGAUCAAAUAAAAAAUAUUAUCCUUGCCUUAAAGGGACGUUCGGGAUCAGUUUUAGACGUAGGUAGCGGAGAUGGAAGGAUCGUCAUAGCUGCAGCAAAAGCUGGAUUUCAAGCUGAUGGGAUAGAACUUAAUCCGUGGCUGGUAUAUUUUUCUAAAUUAUCUGCUAUUAAUCAUGGUGUUUCAUCAAAGACGUUAUUUCUUAGGAAAAAUUUAUGGAAAUAUAAUUUAGAAAAGUAUGAUAAUAUAGUUAUAUUUGUGGUCACGGAGAUGAUAGAAGAUUUAAUAGCAAAAUUUCAGUCGGAAUUGAAACCAAAUUGUUCGAUUAUAGUUUGUCGAUUUCCACUUCAAAAUUACAAACCAAUUUCAACAAUUGGCGAAGGACUGGAUACAGUUUGGGUAUACAAAACGCCCUUAAUGAAUAAUCUGUAAGAUAACUUUUUCUAUUGACA